UUGUACUGAAACAUGGGAGACUCAACAUGUUUCAUGCAACCGUUUUGUUAUGCUUCUGGCAUUUCCAAUGAAGCCAACGAGAGCAACCCAAUUCAUGCACUUGGUCAAUCAAUCUCUUUUGGGAGGUUUAUGUCUGAGUCCCUUGCAUGGGAAAAAUGGUCUAGUUUCUCCCACAACCGCUAUGUUGAAGAGGCAGAGAGGUUUUCAAGACCUGGUUCAGUUGCACAGAAGAAGGCUUUCUUUGAAGCUCACUACAAGAAACUCGCUGCUCAAAAGGCUGCUUUGCUUGAACAAGCAAACAAUGCCUCACAAAACAAUGCCACAGGACAAGAAAAUGUGGGAGUAAUUGACAACAUCAUGCAUGAUUCACAGAUAAGUCCUAAAAGUGAAAUGGUUGUCAAGGAAGAACAAGAUGCAAAGGUUUUGAGUUUGACCUCAGAAUCAGAUAUCAUGGUCAGAGCCAAUGAGCAUGAUUCAAGUUUAAAUGUAGAGGCAAGUAUUAUACCUGAAAGUAACAAGGUAGAGGAAGCUGAACCAGAGAUGGAACAAAUGGCUGGUCUUGGGAACUCAAUGAAGGUUGAAUUGCAAAACCUGCUUGAAGAUGUUCAUACUCAGAAGGAACAGCAAAGUGAAAAGCUUAGUAAAACUCCUCCAAUUAUGACACCAAUAAUGAAGUUAUUGCAGAAGGGCUCUAACUUUGAUGAUGAAGUUUUGGCAUCAAUGGGUAAGAAGAAACCACCGGUUUCUUCCAUCAUGUUGUUAAAGGCUAACGGAACCUCCAAGUUCACCUCCACACCUGUCAAAUCCACAGCUCCUAUUUCUUUCAAAAGAGACAACAAUAUUGCUACCCCAAUGAGCAAUAAGCCUGCUGCAUUAAGCACUGCAGAUAAAGAGAGAUCUACUCAUAAGUCACUUCAAAUGUCAGUUAAUUUUACACCCAUUAGAGAACUUAAUAGAUUGACCGCAUCAGUCAUGAGGAAAUUUGAAAGUACAAGAGUUGGUGCUGGUUCUUCCAAGGCUUCAAAGGAUAGCUUGACUCCUCUAAGAACCCCAACUAUGGCUUCUAAGGAGAUGCAAAAGCAUUCAUCAUUGACCCCAUUAACAGAAAAGAAAAGGAAUAAAAUGAGAUCCCCAAUUAUAUCAUCCCCUUUCAGCUUGAGGACAGAAGAAAGGGCCGCAAGAAGAAAGAAGAAACUUGAGGAAAAAUUCAAUGCUGAUGAAGCACAAAAAGUGCAGCUGCAUACAAAACUCAAGGAGAAAGCAGAAAUAGAGAUUAGAAAACUACGCCAAAGCUUGUGCUUCAAAGCCAGGCCACUACCUGAUUUUUACAAUGAAAGGAAAGCAUCAAAAAAUGAGACAAGAAAGGACCCACUGAAACAUACUGCAUCACCUAAAGGGGGAAGAAAACACAUCCACAGUGGUGUGGCAGAGAACUAUUCUUUACCUCCAAACAGACCUUCACUGAAAAACAAUGGCACCAAGAAUUUCCAGGGAAAGGGUGGUCGCACCUUGACUAAUCCUCUUGAGAAUACAUCACCAAAUAUUCAGCAUGGAAACCAGAAUGACAGAAGUUACAAAUAA